UGUACAAUUGCCUCAUAGCCCCUCGUUGUUGCUUCUUCUCCUUCCACCGUGCCCUUGAACUUCCGGCGCGCCUCCCAUCGACUCCCCUUACACCGAGAAGAAAUCGAGAAUCCCGGCUGUGAAGCCGAGAACGGACUCAUACCAAACAACCAUGUCUUCAACCAGACUCAGCACAAGCCUCUGCAGGAUGGCUGCCAGCGCAUGCCGACAGGCCCGCCCGGUGCAACGGCAGACCCGAAGCAUCCACAGCCAGAUUGUAUCCAAGAGGCCGACACAGCUCGCCUCCAGACAGCUUCAGUCGCCUACGGCGCGUUCUUUCUCGGCUUCGGCUGUCCAAGCGCAUGGCCACAUCACCCCUCCGAAGGCGGGCGAAGAGCUGUGGGUGACAUUCGUCGAUAAGGACGGAGACGAGUUCAAGAUCGCUGUAAGCGAAGGGGAUAACCUUCUUGACGUUGCGCAAGAUAACGACUUGGAGAUGGAGGGUGCUUGCGGAGGCUCUUGUGCCUGCUCAACAUGCCACGUCAUCGUCGCCGAAGAGGAAUACUACGAGAAAAUGCCCGAGCCCGAAGAUGACGAGAACGACAUGCUUGACCUGGCAUUUGGAUUGACUGAGACAAGUCGAUUGGGCUGCCAGAUAACGAUGACAAAGGAGCUAGACGGCCUCAAGAUCAAGCUGCCCUCGAUGACACGGAACCUCCAGGCCAGCGACUUCAAAUAGCAAGCGCACUCUUUCAGCAUUACGGCGUUGGAAGCGACAUACCACACAAUUAUUUAAUCAGUUGUACUAUAUCAUACAUACAUCGUGUCAAAAACAGAAGGGAAAAGGUCUACCGGGGAGGAAAAUAGGGGAGGUGUUCUUCAAUCAAGCGCGGCAUCACGGAUGGGAUAC